UUUCCUUAACUUCUUCUAAUUUUUCCUUUUUUUCCUGGUGCAUCAUCCAUUUAUUCUGUCUUCUCCACUAUAUUUGAUGAAAAAAUGGUGACGAUAAAUCAAGAACAAUUGAUGUUUAGAUCAGGUAGAGAAACAUAUGGAAGAAGAAGCUGGUGAUAUGGUGAAAGAGGGGCUAAUGGCCUCUCAAAGAGAAAUCUUCAGUAUUUCUGGUCCCGUUCAUCUAACUUCCAUUGAUUGGAAUAAUUCGUACCAUAGAACCUCGGUGGCAUCAUGUUUGGUACAAGCAGUGUACACCCUGGAACGAGACAGACAACAAAACAGGAUUGGUUUCAAGUCACAAGCUAAUCAUUGGUGGGAGUUUUUCAACUUCACUUUAGCCGAAACCCUAAUCGACCAAUCAGACGGAUCCAUAUAUGGAGCCGUGUUCGAGUACAAACUCUUCUCUUACAAUUAUUAUAUUCAUCCUCAUUCGAAAACACCUCCUCGUCACGUGAUCGCGUUCCGUGGUACGAUCAUGAAGCGGCACUCUCGGUCAUGUGACCUUAAGCUGGACCUACGUUGCAUUCGCGACAGCCUCCAGGACAGCACAAGAUUCAUGCAUGCGAUAGAGGUUGUACAAACCGCGGUCGCUAAAACCGGUAAUGCAGCCGUGUGGCUCGCCGGGCACUCUCUUGGAGGCGCCAUGGCUUUGCUUGCCGGGAAGAUUAUGACGAGGUCUGGUUUUCCUCUAGAGUGUUACCUUUUUAAUCCUCCUUUCUCCUCCAUCCCGAUAGAGAAGCUACUGAAGAGUGAGAAGCUUAAACAUGGAGUUAGAUUAGCCGGGAGUUUAGUCAAAGCCGGAGUAGCUAUGGCCGUCAAUGGUCGCCACAAUCACAAUAAGGACCAAGAAGACGACACGUUUAUGAAACUAGCAUCAUGGAUACCUUAUUUAUAUGUGAAUCCUUCAGAUCCAAUCUGCUCAGAGUACAUUGGUUAUUUCAAGCACAGAAACAAAAUGUUUGAGAUUGGAGCUGGAAAAAUAGAGAGGGUCGCAACCAGGAACUCGCUUAGGAGUUUCUUGUCCGGAGGAGGAGGAGGAAGCAAGUGUUCGGAUGCUUCAUCAGAACCUCUUCAUCUUUUACCAUCGGCUUAUAUGACGAUAAACACUAGCAAAUCACCGGAUUUUAAGAUAGCCCAUGGGAUCCAUCAAUGGUGGGAUCCUAUGUUCCAUGGUGAAUAUGUUUUGUACCAGUUUAGUCAAUGACCUCCACUUUUGUCGCUUCAAAUGCUUUAAGCCUUUUGCUUUUUUUUUUCUUCUAAUUGUCUCUUUCACUUAUUGUCUUCAAAAAUUGUUUUUAUUGUUAUAAUCUAUAAAAGAUCAAGUUAGUGCAGGAGGAUCUGAAGGAGAAGAGAAGUAGAGUCGAGUGAAAUAUCAAACAACAUAACAUUAUGAGGUUGUAUACAUGUUCAUCUUAUGAUUUUUUUUU